AUGUCGACGCGAAGCUCGAAAGUCACAAAGAAAUCGAGGCUGAGUCGGACAGCGAUCAGCUGCGACCGUUGCAAGUCGAGGAAGACAAAGUGCAACAAACCUGAUGCCGAUGGCCCGUGUGAUUACUGCCGCAGCAUCGAUGAGGUCUGCUCAGUGGACAUGGAGAAACGGCGGCAAAAGCCCUUCUACUUCGUCUCCGAAGAAGAAUAUCGUCUCUUGCGCGAGCUUUGUAGUAGAUGCUUCCCAGACGAAGAGUUGACGAUACCGAAUCUACGCCGAUUAAUCGACGACAACCAAAAAUCGGUGACCAAGACACAGACUAACAUCGCAACGCCGACAAUGUCAUUGAUUGAAGUAUCGGCAGAUGCACCCCUCAUAGACUGUGGAGAUGAGCCAAUCGAUCGAGGACAGGUCUUGUUGGAUGCUGUAGAUGAGACUCAAGUCGAGGAAGAGGAGAUAUUAUUGCCAGAGAUUGUCAAUCUACACCAAGACCUGGGUUGUCUUCUAGCCGACACUCAUGGGGAGUAUCGGUAUAUGGGAGCAGAGUCAGGCGUCAGCUUCAACAGCGCCGUGAGGUCAUGGAUGUUGAGAAUGGGUGCAGGGACGAGAAGCAAAGAGAAGGACAAGGAUAAGAUACCUGGAAUGCUCAAAGUCAGUCCGCCAUCAGUAAAGUCUCCUUUGACGGAUGUGGCAUCGUCGCCUGGGAAUCCAUGCCAGUUUCCGUCGCAGGAUCUGCUGUCGGCUUGUGCAGCUCGCUUCUUUGAACAAGUGCACUGCUUGUACUGGAUAUACUCUGCCGAAUCAUUCUACACCCGACUCGAGACGACAUAUUCUGGGGAUGCUGGACAGCUCACUGCUUCGUGGCUUUGUUCACUUCAUGGAAUAGUAGCGUUAUGCGCCUCGUGUGAGCCUUCGCCUAAUGGUUUAGUCAACGGACAGAGAGCCCACGACUCACUGGAAAUGGCCAAGUCUCUGGUGACCAGAGUUUGCGAUGAAGCAGACCUUGACAGUGUCAGAGCAUUGAUAGUCUUGUCUCUGGCAUUCCAGUCCAAUGGCUUCACAAACUCUGCAUAUCUUUACAUCGGCCUCGCAGUUCGCAUCGCCUUCUCUCUUGGCCUCCAUCUCGACAAGUACUCCACAAAGAGCGGCGUUGUAAGUCAAGCGCAUGCCAGACGUCUUUGGUGGACCUUGUAUCUCGUUGAUCAAGACCUCUCUCUCGCUUUGGGAAAACCAAGCAUGAAUAGUCCGCCUAAUGAGGCUUCUUGGAAACCGCCAUUACCUUCAGAAUUCGUUGUCAGUCCAGGCUCACACACGCCGAACGGAUAUCUCGAGCAGUGUAUACGUCUCGCUCAGAUAACACAGAGUAUACGGCAGAACCUCUAUGAUGGACCUGUUCAUGGUGGACAAAGGCUAUCGAGGUCUCACUUCAACGAUUCUAUUAGUGCACUACAGGACUGGCUAGAUCACGUACCGCCACAUCUUCAGCUCUCACCCUCAGUAUCAUUGUCCUACAGACGGUCUAUAUCUCUUCUUCAUCUUCGCUACUGGAGCACCAUGAUGCUCGUCACCAAGCCCUUUCUCUUAUGCAAUUUGUUACAAGGUAUCGAUCAUGUUGAGGCUGUCAAACAACCGAUAUUCGCUACACUGGCCAAAACCUGUGUCUCUGCCGCAGAGUCAUCAUAUGAGAUUCUAGAAAGCAUGGUUCUCCAUAAAGUGGCUUCUAGUCUGGUCAUGGCCGAUUACUUGUUCGCCUUGCAAGCACUUCAAGUCAUUGUUGCUGCGUGCGGACUGUAUCACAUGGACGGACACCAAGCUCGGGCAAAGCAGUGUCUGCGAAUCCUCCUGGCUAUCAGUGUAUCUGGCUACCCAAAGCAUCUCAUUCCGGAGACACUAUUCCAGCUACAGCAGUGUGGACUUGCUGAAGGUGUUGAAGAAACAUCAAAUAUCGCAUUACAACCAUCCGAACCUCUAGGAUAUCCCCAGAUGGUGACUGAGCCUCCGCAACGAUCAGUUGGCGAUGACGUGGUUGAACGAGCUCGACAUGGCAGAUAUCGUGAUUGA